AAUUCACAUAAACUUUUAAGGCUUUGUUUGCGCUUGUAUUUAUUAUUAUAUUUACAAAAAUCUAAUAAUAAUACUAACGAUAAUGUUAUAAAAUUCAUAGCUGCUAAAAGACCAAAAAGAUCCUCAGAGGGUUUGAUCACGUGGAAGGUAAUUGAGACUAAGAUGCCAUGGAGUCUGAUGUUUCUAUUAGGUGGCGGUUUCGCGAUCUCAAAAGGAAGUGUUGCGUCCUGUAUGGCAAAACGAGUCGGUGAAGCUCUAGUACCGCUUCGUUAUUUACCACCCAUUUUAAUACUUGUCGUAGUAUGUUUUUUCGAAGGCCUAUUAACGGAAUUUACUUCAAAUGUUGGUGUGGCGAAUAUUACUCUACCAGUAAUAGCACAGAUGUGCGUGGCAAUGGAGAUACAUCCUAUGUACUUGAUGAUACCAGCUACACUGAUGUGUUCGUUUUCGUUCCGGUUACCGGUUGGGACACCACCAAAUGCGAUUAUAACGAUUGCAGGACAUAUCCCAACCAGUUGGUUGAUCGCUGGAGGCUGCGUACCUGCAGUUUACAGUUUGAUAGUGGAAGUUAUUUUCUUCCCGACAUGGGGUGUUUUAGCUUAUGGAAUUAAAGAUUUUCCUGCUUGGGCCAGACAUGUUCAAAUAGAGAACAACACAGGCGUGACCUGUUAAUUAAAUGAAAACAAUAAUUUAAGUUACAGAGCAGAUUAAAUUCUAGUUUUACUUAUUCUGACUUUCUGUAAGAUUUAACUUACUAAUAUAUAAUACAUUGAAUAAAAAAAUUGAUACUUUAAGUAUUUGAUUAUACUAUAGUUUAUAAAAUAACAUAUAUGCUAUUUUUGUAACUUUUCUUCUAUAUUAUGUUAUGUUAUAUCGAGAGAGUAUAUUAAUGUAUUGUAAUUUACAGACUAAUAUACAGGGUGAGUAAAAAGUACCCGACCGGUAAAAUAUGGAAAAGUAUGGAAGAUACGGGAAAGUCUUUCAGACAAAAGUU